AUGGAGGGCAAGGGGGGCCAGAAUUGGCAGCAGGGCAACCAAUUGCCCUCGUUCUACUCCCCGCGUACCCGUCCGGCCGAAGGCGACGCCACCAACAGCGAUGUAGAAGCCUACGACAUCUCUGCCCCGCAACCCGGCACCGAGUCCGAGUCGCAGUCACAACCACAAGCCUCGGCCAGCAGCCGAUCAGAUCGCGACGACAGUCGCGCAACUUCUACGCAGACAUCGACCCCUGCCUCCCUCCCCGUACAACCGCCACCUCCGUCCCUCCUCUCUCCCGCCUUCACCCCUCCAGUGACUCCCGGCACCGCAACUCCGACAUCAUCAGGCCCUUUCUCCUCCCACUCACGAGACGAACCGCGCAGCGUCCCCGUGGACAGCAGCGAUCCUGCCGGCGGCUGCGGCACUAAGAAGCCUCAGCUGCUCGAGCGGUUACCCAACGUUGAGUGCAUCGUGCGGGCGCGCAUCCCCACCGUCGACGGUUCGGAAAUGUUCCUGCACCUCUACCAGAACGACGUGGACAACAAGGAGCACCUGGCGAUCGUGUUUGGUGGAAACAUCAGGAGCAAGAGCUUGGACGCGCCGCGGGAAGGGGAGACGGAGAUGGACCGCAUGAUUCGUGGCGCUUACACGGGCACGCUGUACCCAGGUCGGACCUCGAGCCGGGCUGUCUCGGACGGCGCGGCGGCAGGCUCCCAGCAGAUUGAUGGCAGCAGCCAGCCACAAGCAUCUACAGCAGACAAUGGGCCGCCCCUAGUACGCAUCCACAGCGAGUGCUACACCGGCGAGACUGUGCGGUCGUCCCGAUGCGACUGCGGCGAGCAGCUCGAUGAGGCGGCGCGGCUCAUGGCGCUCCCGAGCAACAAGGCGGGUGGCAUCAUCAUCUACCUGCGGCAAGAAGGUCGUGGCAUCGGGCUCGGCGAGAAGCUCAAGGCAUACAACCUCCAAGAUCUCGGGUCCGACACGGUCGAGGCGAAUCUGUUGCUGCGACACCCCGCCGAUGCGCGGAGCUACGGCCUCGCCACGGCCAUGCUGUUGGAUCUGGACCAGCGGGAGGUCAGGCUGCUGACCAACAACCCGGACAAGAUCCGUGCUGUGGAGGGGCCCAACCGGGAGAUCGUCGUCACGGAGCGGGUGGCUAUGGUGCCGCUGUCGUGGAGGGGUCGUGGGGGUUUCCGCAGCCGGGAGGUGGAGGGUUACCUCAAGACAAAGAUCGAAAAGAUGGGACACAUGCUCGACAUGGGUUCACUGUCAUGA